CAGGACCCCUUGGUGUGUCACCAUGCAGAUGCCAAACUUUGAGUAACGCAACAGACAGACGUUUGGUCUCUUCGUUGAACCUGCGUAUUAUUAUUGUUGGUAGUUGAUAGUACCGAUAUUUACACAUUAAACAGAGAUGUCGUGUUUUAGUGGUGAUCCCAACUUCUGCCCAGAAUGUGGGAAUGUUCUUCCUCUCCCAGGGAUACAGGACACAGUCCGUUGCCCUCGCUGCUCCUUCUGCAUCCCUGUAGCAGAGUUUUCAGGUCAGGAGAUCCACUCUAUAGUCGUCUUUAACCCUGUGGAGCAGUCGUCAGUGGUUCAGGAAAUCGAGGAGGACGCGGAACUGAAGGGACCUGUGAUUGACAGGCGAUGCUCUCGUUGCAAUAAAGAGGGGAUGGUUUACCACACCAGACAGAUGAGAUCUGCGGAUGAAGGACAGACCGUCUUCUUCACCUGUAUACACUGCAGGUAUCAAGAGAAGGAGGACUCCUGAGACAAAAUCUGCUUCACUUUCUCCACUCCUCUCUAUGUCUGCUAUGCACUACUGUUGGUCUCUGAUGUGAGGAUGUCAUCAGUCAAUGGGCCCUUUAUCUCUGUUUUAUCUAAAGAGGCUGUGACCAGCAGAGCAUGUCAGUGACAGUUCCUUCCUGAAUUGUUAUCAUUCAUGCAAGUUUGACUAAAUAAUCUCCACUCAGGGUCCACUUACUUUUUUCAAGAGCUUCCGUUUGCAUCUCACAGUCUUCAUCAGUGGAUCGAGUUCACUCAGUUUUCUUGGAAAAAGUGUUGCUCAUUGACAUUGAUGAUUUUCUGCUGACAGAUGCUGUGAGAUACAGUUGAAAGCUGUAGAAAAAGCUUGUAACAAUUAAGAUUGUUUUUGUUAAACUACAGCUUCGAAGAAGAAAAGUGGACUUUAAUGCUGAACAAAAUUUGUUUACUUAAGUUGUGACAUUUAUAUAACUGAAGUUGUUUAUUAUAAAAUGUUAUUAAAUCUGCAUUC